GGUUUACGAACAGGGUUUUAGAAUUGGGUUCAGCUUUCCGCUCCAUAGCCCGCCGUAGCUCUGUAUUCCUCUUUCCUCCGACAAUCAACACACACCUGCACUCCCACCACGGAUCAUCGCCGACAACCGCUCACGGAACACCGUCGACGAUACAUCAAGCCGCAAACUAUUGUUCUUCGAUUGAGAAGGGAACACCUAUUCAGAGGUGUUGGUACCAAAAACAAAGCAACUAGUUCAAUCUCCCUAGCUACACGACUGACUCCAUGUCACUGUUUUGUUAAAGUUGCCAAGACAGUUCUUCAUAAUCUUAUUCUCUUGAUAUGGUACAAAUGGAGCCACGUGCUAAAGAACAAUUUGGGGACUUGGAGUGUGGACAAGAUUUGUGGAGUGCAAAAGAUGGGGGUGAUAGCAAUGCAAUCAUCUUGCCAGGAAAGAGAAUGAGUAAAAAGAAAGGCAAGAAUCAGGUCCAUGAAAAACUUAGGACCAAGAAAAUGCAGAAGAUGACAAAAUCUCAGAAAAGAAAGCUAAAUAAGAUAGAGGAGGAGAAGGAGAAAGCACUACUCUUAUCGAAAAGCAUUGAGACCUUGGAGAAAUACAAAAUUCGGGAUGAUGCAUAUGCAUUGAUGUGGUCUUCACGAAACCUUGGUCAGGUUGAAACUGUGCGCGAACGACGUAGAAGGGAAGUGCAAUUUUCUAAGGCGGGUUUAGCUUUGCCUCAUAGUGAUAAACCUUUCAAAAGAAAGGCUGCUGUCAGCCCUUCUUGUGAGAUUGAACCUGAUUCUGAGACAGUCCAGUCAACAAAAGGCCUUGUUGACGUAGACUUUCGGCAGCCUGUAAUGGCUGAGAGGGAAGUCACAUCUAAAACUUCUUUGGCAUAUUCCAAAGAAUCAGUUUCUAGCUGUGGACUUGGUGCAUUCGAUGGGUAUGAUGCUACCAAGCCAGUUGAGGAAAUUGCCAACAAGAAUAAUGAAACCUGCAUGCGAGAAGAUGCUCAAGAUUCUUUGCCUAUGACGUUCAAUUCUGAUAGUAGCAAAAGUAACAGCCCAUUGGAUCGGACCAUCGAAAGUCAAAAAAGGCAUAUUAGCUCGACCACCAACCUGGUAGAUUGUCCUCCUCAGGGAGUUCUAUGUCCUCCAGUUGUAGUGCAUGUAUUGAGACCAAAAGAGGUUGAGAACAGUCGGAAGGAUCUUCCAAUAGUCAUGUGGGAGCAGGAGAUUAUGGAAGCUAUCAAUGGAAACAUUACUGUAAUUAUUUGUGGGAAGACUGGUUGUGGUAAGACCACUCAAGUUCCGCAGUUCCUUUAUGAAGCUGGCUUUGGUUCGGACCAGUCUAGUGUUAGGAGUGGUAUCAUUGGUGUUACCCAACCACGCCGUAUUGCUGUCCUUGAAACUGCCAGGAGGGUGGCAUUUGAGCUUGGUCUUCGUGUAGGCAAGGAGGUUGGCUUUCAAGUUAGGCAUGACUGCAAGAUUGGAAAUAGUUGCUCCAUCAAGUUUAUGACUGAUGGAAUUUUGCUACGAGAAGUGCAGAGUGAUUUCUUAUUGAGGAAGUACUCUAUCAUAAUUUUGGAUGAGGCUCAUCAGAGAAGUUUGCACACUGACAUACUUAUUGGAAUGCUUUCCCGUGUGAUACAACAGCGCCAGAUUAUCUAUGAGGAACAGCAGCGUAAGGUCUUUUCAGGAGAAAGAAUUAGCCGUGAAAGUAUGAUCUUUCCACUGAAAUUGGUGCUGAUGAGUGCCACCUUGAGAGUCGAUGACUUUGUGUCUGGAAGAAGGAUAUUUCUCAACCCCCCUCCAGUAAUAGAAGUCCCAACCCGGCAAUUUCCGGUGACUGUCCACUUCUCGAAGCGAACGGAAAUAGUGGACUAUAUUGGCCAAGCCUAUAAGAAGGUCUUGUCAAUUCACAAGAGACUGCCACCUGGUGGCAUACUUGUCUUCGUAACGGGUCAGAGAGAAGUAGAGAACUUGUGCCGGAGGCUACGUAAAACUUCAAAGGAAUUAGUUCAGAAUGGCUCUAAAAGAAUCAUGGAGAAAGAAGUUUCUACAAUCGCAGCAGGGAACUCCAUAGAGGAAAAUGAUAUGAAGGAAAUUAACGAAGCAUUUGAGAUGCAUGGAACUUCACAAACUGACAGGUUCAGUUCCGAUGACGUUGAUCUAGGUGAUUCAGAGGAUAAUGAGUCUGAUUUUUCUGAAGAUAUGGAGACAGAUAGUGAUCUGGAAGGAACUGAUGAUGUGGAUUUAUUGAACCAUGAAACUGAGAAUAUUGAUGAUCUUUCAGAAGUAUUCAGAGACGAAGGGAAAGUUGCUUCAUUGACAGCUGCAUUCGAGGUUUUGGGUGAAAAAACUACCUUGAAUCCUGAUUCUGAUGAGAAACAGGUUGUUCCUUCCACUCCAAAAAGCUGUUCAAACCAAUCCAUUCCCAAUGUGGGGGAGAAAAGGGGUGCAGCUGGUCUCUGUGCUGGUGCAAUGUGUGUUCUUCCCCUUUAUUCCAUGCUUCCCGGAUCAGCGACGCAUCGUGUGUUUGAAGGGAUCCGGGAAGGAGAACGCUUAGUUGUUGUUGCCACUAAUGUGGCUGAAACCUCUUUAACUAUCCAAGGUGUAAAGUAUGUGGUUGACACUGGAAGAGAAAAGGUUAAGAACUAUAACUCCUCCAAUGGCAUAGAAACUUAUGAAGUCCAGUGGAUAAGCAAGGCAUCUGCUGCUCAACGUGCAGGAAGAGCUGGAAGAACCGCACCUGGCCACUGCUAUCGCCUCUAUUCUUCUGCAGUUUUUAAUAAUAUUUUCCCUGACUUCUCAAGUGCUGAGAUAUCAAAAGUACCUGUUGAUGACAUCGUCCUGAUCAUGAAAUCCAUGGGUGUUCAUAAGGUUUCAAAUUUCCCAUUUCCUACUCCGCCCGAGGUUACUGCCUUAGCCGAAGCUGAGCGUUGCUUAACGAUUCUUGAAGCCCUUGAUAGCAACGGGAGACUAACACCCUUAGGUAAGGCUAUGGCACAGUAUCCCAUACGUCCUCGUCACUCGCGGAUGCUCCUUACAGUUAUCCAAAUCGUGAGAAAGGUGAAAAGUUAUGAUAGGGCGAACCUUGUACUAGGAUAUGCAGUGGCAGCAGCUGCAUCUAUGAGCUGUCCGAAUCCUUUUGUAAUGCAAUUUGAGGGAAGCCACAAAGACAUGGACGGCUUGAAGCAGGACGAAGAGAAAAGUAUAGACAAAGAAGAAAAGUUAGGAAGAAAGAAGCUAAAAGAAUCUGCUAAACUAUCUCGUGCAAAAUUUUCAAACCCCAGCAGUGAUGUUUUGACCAUAGCUUAUGCAUUGCAGUGCUUUGAACGUUCUAUAAGACGAGAGGAAUUCUGCAAUGACCACUCCUUGCACCUGAAAACCAUGGAGGAGAUCUCCAUGCUGAGAAAACAGCUACUUCAACAGGUGUUUAACCAAAGUACUAACGAUCCGCAGCAGGAGUUUUCAUGGACUCAUGGUAGAAUGGAGGAUGUUGAACGUGCUUGGGGGGUCGUUUCUGAUAAGCAUCCUCUUCUACUGAAUGAAGAGGAGCUCUUGGGUCAAGCUAUAUGUGCUGGUUGGGCUGAUAGGGUUGCCAAACGCGUCAGAGGAGGUUCAGUGUCAGAGGGAGAUAGAAAAGUUAAUGCGGUUCGCUAUCAGGCUUGCAUGGUUAAAGAAACAGUUUUCCUCCAUAGGUGGUCUUCUGUCUCUAAAUUUUCCCCUGAAUUCCUGGUGUACAGCGAACUGCUAUAUUCAAAAGAAUCAAAACGGCCAUAUAUGCAUGUGGCGACUAGUGUGAAAUCUGUUUGGCUUGUCAAGUAUGCUAAGUCUCUGUGCACUUUCUCUGCCCCCCUCGUGGAUCCCAAACCUUAUUAUGAUCCUUUGACUGACCAAGUUUUCAGUUGGGUUGUUCCGAGUUUUGGCCCUCAUCUAUGGCAGCUCCCAUUGCAUAAUGUUCCUAUCGUAGAUGAUGUGCACAGAGUACCUGUAUUUUCUGCUUCUUUACUUGAAGGCAAUGUGUUGCCUUGCUUACGAUCUGUCAAGAAGUUCAUGGCAGCCUUACCUGCCAGCAUUCUGAGGCCAGAGGCAGCAGUUCAAAGAAGGGUUGGGAAUCUUCUAAAUAAGUUGAAGUCCAGGUUGAGAGUCAUUGACAGCUGUGCCAUGUUAAGAGAGGCCUGGGAUGAGAAUCCCAGGGAAUUGUAUUUGGAAAUUCUAGACUGGUUUCAAGAGGGUUUUCAUGAUCAGUUUGAAGAUCUUUGGGCCAAGAUGCAUCAUGAGGUUCUUUUAGACCCUAAAGAACGUUUCCCAAAAAGGUUCAAGAGAGAGAACAGGGUUAAAAGAAGCAGGCUCGCUUAAAAGAAACAGGCUCCAUCUUUCAAGGAGCUAUCUACUAGAUUCGCUCUUCAAUGUGGAAUGCAGCAAGUGUGAAGUCAAGUUCGUGGAGGACAAUACGAGUCAGGAUCGGGUUCAGUUUUGAAGGGAGAGGUCACAUUCAGCAGCGGAACAAAAACUGCUUAUGUCUAUAAAUCUUGUUUGUGUUCCGUUCCCUUGUAUUUAAGCUAUUGUUCACCAACAUUACAUUUAUAGUUCUUGGAUAGAAUGUCCGCAAAAUUUACCAAGUUCAUAACAAAUCUUAUUGAUUUGCGUA